CUUAUAUAACAAUGGCUUCAAAAUGUAUGUCACGGGAGCCCCAUGGGCAAGGCAGUGGAGAGCAUUUAUUAGUCACUGAGGCAAACACAUUUAGACGCGCAGGCGUGCACACGCUCACUGUAGCUCCAGCAGAGAUCUGCCUGCUUUGGCAAUGCUGAGUCUGAGUGAUAACGAUGCAGUUCUGCAGAAAGGUGCUCUGCCGGCCGUGUAGUGCCAGAGUCACUUCACCAGAGGAGGACAUGGAAUACAAGAUGGGGAGCUGCAUUGGAAUCUCACGCAGCCAGCCAGAAGAGGGCGCCUCAGAAAAUGUUGUUCUCUUUCCACCCCAGGAAAAUCAAAACGACUCCAUGCAGGCUGAAGCUUCCACUAAGAAUCUGACCCAGAGUGCUGACAAAUCACUGCUGACCCAACCCACAACUAGCCAGCAGACUCCGCUGUUUCAACCAGUGCUUCCAGACGUCCCAGUCAUCACCGGAGUGGAGGAGAGCACAGGUGCAACUGGAGACCAAGAUGACAAAGAGGAGCUUGAGUUUCCUCAUGACCUGCUGCCCAGUCUAGACUUCAGCAGUGAGUUCAACAUCUGGGAAUCCUCACUAGGAGCUCAGACUAGCUCAGGUGAAAGGAAAUGUGAGCAGAUGAACCCUCUGCUGGCGGGCCUGCAGCAUCACACGGACGUUAGUCGACCUCUGGUGGUCCUCGAUACAUGGCCUCAUGACAGUGACCCAGUUCUCACAGAAGCCCAACCUACUGCCACGCCUUUUCUGGUUGUACGACCUCUGACCCCUCCCCCAUCAGUGCUCCAAGACCGGGAGCUCCAAGAGGUCUUCCAGGAAUGUGAAGAGCAAAUGGUCUCAAUGGGCAUAUUUAAUCCUGUGAAGGCCCCUAGUAAUAUACCUGAGACAGUUAAUGAUGUAGGAACGAAAACUGGAAAAGGGAUGGUUAACAAGUCCAAUGAGUCAUCGUCACUGCUUCCAAUCACUGUCCAGCCAGGACAUAGCAACGGGGGCCAUGGAAACAAGACUACACAGAGAAACAGUGAGGCAGCAAACAGGCAGAAGGAUACAGUUCAGUUUAGUUUCAGAAAUUACAUACUGGGUACUGAGGAUAGUGUAGUAGAGGGGAGUGAAAUAAAUGCAACACAGAGGCUGGAUGAAUGUCCAGAGAUUAAGCCAAGAAAAGAACCAGAACAGAAAGAAACACCCACACAUACACAGUUAGAAACGGCAACAAAUACAGAUUCAUAUGAAGAAAGCCCAAACUGUGCUGUCAGUGAGCAGAGAGAGGAUCUAAGAGGGGAAUAUGAUGUUUCUAAUGCAAACAUUGAGGAAAAUGAAACACUGGAGUGUUUUAAUCUUAAUUUUAAGGAUAAAGAUGCAUUAACAGAGCUGCAGUCAGAAGCACAGACAGGAACAUGCACAGAGGAGCUUCAGUCAGAGUCAAAAACGGACAAACAGAUGGAUUCAGCCUGUGGCAGGCAUGCUGGGCAGGACAAAGAGGCAAAGGACAGAGAAAAAAAGAAACAAGUGGAGAAGAGCACAGAGACUGAACAGAAAGACAAACAGGAAGCAAAGGCAGUAGUACAGUCUGAAAAUGAUGUACAGGCAAAUGCUGAAUCUGUGUCAGAAGCAGACACUCAGGUUGUAAUUUGUGGGAAACAGCGUGAUAUUGGGUGUGAUUACAAGGAGCGGCUGAGUCCCAGGGGAAAGCCCACCUCCAGUCCUCCAUUGUCAUUCUCUCACAGUGUGCAGGAUCAUCUUACUGACUCUGCCUAUUCAUCUGCAGCCAACCAAAGUCUUUUACAAAGGUGUCAUCAGUCAGCCCCAUAUGGUAUGAAUCACAGCUCAGAUGAAAGCCCACAGUGGAAGCAACAGGCAACUGAAGGUGUCACUGGAAACCAAAAUACGCCCCCGGCAUUUGUCCAAACUACAGUUAUCAAUCCAGCUGCUUCCAUUGAUAAGAGAUCAGAUGCGCAAACACAGGAGGCUAUAGUUUCCACAGAAGCAGCGAUACUCACACAGGAGAAUCUGAGCCCACUCACCAACAGCCAAACUGGUGUGGGAGAGAGUUGCAUGGAGAGUGCCCUUAAAGAGCCUUUAAUGGUGGUUGCUGCGUUGCCGCUGACAACACCCACUAUGCCAGAAGUGAUAAAAAGCAGGAGAGAGGGAGGAAGCGUGAGGCAUGAUUCACUGGAGAGAGUAGCUAUUGUAGGAAUCGCAGAGAGUGAGAAAGCAGUAGGAGAAAACGAUUUGGGAGGAACAGACAAGUGCCUCGGCUCUGCAGACAGCGAGAGGGGAGGACUCCUGGACAGCCUUCCUCAGUUCUCAUUAAUCUGUCCACUUGCUUCCUCAGCCACAGAAGGACAGGCAGCAUUCGAAGAAAGCUGCAGCAGCAAAAUGCCACACAACUCGGCUGAGACUGAAAUGAAGGGACAGAGAGAAACAGCCAUUUGCAGACCAGACACAGAGCUCUCACCAGCUGAGGAGGGAGACGGAGAAAAGGAGCCACUCCCAUCAGAAGCCUGUAUCAAUACUUCUCCCCUUGGGCUACUCAUUGGUCCUGAUUGUCAGAAUCACAGUGCUGCGGGAUUGGAGCGGGCGGGGGAGGAGGUGGGAGAGAAAGGAAGGCUAGCUAGAGAGCACGGUUCACUCAGCCAGCCAGAAGGCUCCACUAGUGGAGUGUCAUCAGCUGAGACAGAGACGUGUCCGCCCACCGAUGUUGCAGAGUCACAGCUAAAGUCACAGAGCUGGAGUGAGCUGAAUUCUACCAUCACUCAGAGCAUCUGCACUGAACAGGACCAUCUCUCUUACUUCUACCAGGAGCAGCAUCGCACAGUAAUUUCACCUCUCCCCACACACCCUGAGCAGGGCUCCAGCGACACAAACGGAGGGGUAAGGUCUGAUCUCAAACAGAAUUUGAUUUCAGAGGAAGCGCUGUCUUUGGGACACACUUGUGAGGAGUCAUCUAUUGCAGAAGCAGACAGAAACAACGACCAAGUCUUCCUGUCUUUAAUCUCACCGCAGCCUUUGACUGCUUCACAACAAAUCCCAGCUGAGCAACAAGCAAGCAACAAUCAACAGAUCCAGCCCGAAAGUAGCUCAUCAGAAGCCAGGACAGCCGAAAGUGCAACUGAAUUCCAAGUUCAAGCUCUGACCGAGAGCAAUAGCAGUAGCUCUGCUAUGUCUGGAGUAGGCGUGUAUGUAUGUGAACGCAGUGAAGGCAACAGGGUUCACUUUGCGGACAACGUGAAACAAGAGGCCGGUUCCUCUGUGGAUCUCAGGAACAAGUCAAUGUCGGCUAUGGAUAACGCCUCUUUGCCUCCACUAACCAUACAUGAGAGUUUGUAUAAUCCUGUCGUUGAGGCCAGUUACAUCUUUCCAGAAUUCCUCACCUUGAAGAGGCCAGAAAUCCCUACAAAUGCAGCUCCUACAAAGGAUGAACCAGCAAUACAGAGCUCAGCUGACUUUCCAAAGACACAGAAAGAUGUUGUGUUGGAUGAAGGCAAUGUGGAGACUAAAGACACCAAGGAGAACGUUGCCAGAGAUCAGUCAGCAAACAACAACUUGGUGACAAGCGCUUCGGAUUUAGAGUCGGUGUCUGAGACCUGCAUGAAAGAGCUUCCGUGUCCCACAGAGAAGAAUCAAACUGGUAAUAAAGAAUGUUUUGAAAUUUUACAAACAGCAGGAAGUGCCACUCCUGAGCCUGAUCAUCUAACAGCUGAGCAGGUGUCAGAAAAGGCGACAAAGCAAGAAGAAGCAGAUACAGAGAAGGGCCCUAUAAAUCAAUGUUUGCCAAAGGAUACAGAGCUAGAUAAGUUGCAUGCUGAGUCUAAAUGCUCAGUCAAAACUGGCCAGGCUCAGAAGCCACUUUUAUUAAGUGAUACUGCUGCCACUGUUGAAGAAAAAGAAGGUAACCAGAAACCUCUUUCCUCACAUUCUGUGCUUCCAGCUAAUUAUACCUGCAAGCCUUUAAGUGAUGUAUCCACUGAAUUGCCUGUUGGACAUCUCUCUAGUGACCCUGACUCCAAUUCACAACCAGAUACUGUGACCGUGGCCUGCGCAGCCUCUCUUCAGGUACAGCCUAGUGACCCCAGUUAUCAGCCUCUCAUCCAAUUAGAUCAAACAUCUGCUUGUGGACCCGUUACCGCAGAUCCGAUGAAAGCUAGUGAGGAGCCUAAGGCUACAGUUCACUCUGCUGAUCUGACAAUGGAUGAAUCAGUGACUUCAGAAGUGACAGCCUCUGACCAGUCAAUUCCUAUUAUAGAGCAAUGUCCCAGUAAUCCUACUUUAGUGCUGCAGCCUCCUGGCCCAAUGUUGAGUCACUUGGAGUUUAUUACUGACUGCAUCUCGCUUCCUGAGCAGGCAGAUAAGCACACUGCUUAUGGUGACAGCAGGAGCAAAGUCUCCGCAGAGGUGGAUGACACCAAGAGCAAGGAAAUGUCUUUAGUACAGGAUCUGGAGAACAAUGUCAGUUUCAAAGCCAGUGAGACCUGCCUGAAACUGGAAGAUAGAAAUGAUGCUAUGGAGUUUGUCAGCGAACUUGAGAAACCUAUGAAUAAUCAUGCAAAUAUUCUAUUUUCACAAGAGCAAAAUGUGCCUCUUCCAACCCAGCCUCCUGGCACAGUGGAUGUAGUGGCAAUGGAUGAGCCUGCUAAUGUAGUUCCUUUAUCUCAAAGUGAGCCAGACUCUAUUGACAUUAAAUCUGUUAUUUGGGAAGCAUCCAUUAGGGAAGACCUCAUAAAUGUUAGCUGUCCACUGAGCUCUGACCCACCUAUUAUUGAAGCUUAUGAUGAAAUUAAACAGGACAAUUUGAAAGAGAAACACAACAUGGGCCAUCAGGUUUCCUUUGAAGAAGAAAAGAAACACAAUGUAGAGGCAAUAAUGGAUAAUCAAAGGGAAACAGAAGACAGUUGUGAACUGCAGACAGGAAAGGCAGACACAAGACCACAACAGAGUAAAGGACCAGAUAAAAAAGCUGUAGAUGAAAACGGAGACCUACAACCACCAGAUAAACAUAAAGUGCAAAUGUCUACAUUACCUAUAAGAGAUAUGAAAGAAGAAGAGGAAAGGAACAGUAGUAUUGUAUCUAAAAUCCAAACUCUGACAGCAGCACUGGAGCACAGCUCUGACAGGGACAUGGAACCAGCUUUGACUGCAGAGCUUGGCCAGUUACAGUCCACUAAGCAACAGGAGCAAGAGCAGCAGCAUCAGGGAUCUAGUGGGCUAGAGAGGGAGCAAAUUACUCUUAGCCAGGUCAGAGAGACCACAGCCAUUGUUCCAGGGCUGAAAGGGGUGGCAGAAAAAGGAAGCGGCUUUGCUGGGAGUUCAUGUCAGUCAGGAAGUAGGAAUGAGCUGAGAGGUGAUGACAGCAAAAGAAAUGAACAAGUGAUGGGUUUAGAAAAAGAUGAGGGAGACAGAGCACAUGCAGUAUUAGGGAUUGACCGGGUUUAUGUACCUCCUCACAUUGCAAAUGAUUUAAAUGGGAGCGGAAGGGCUGCUGAGGGAAACGCCUCAGCUAACAUAGGGCUAGUAACAGCUUGCUCUCAUGUAGGAGAAACAAGACAAGGUAGUGAGGUUAAAAUCCCUGGGUUAGGAGAGCUUUGGUCGGAUACAGACUUAAUCUCAGGCACUGAGUUUGGAAGUGAUCUGGGUGGUGAAUGUCAGUCAGCUGCUGUAUAUGUGGAGUCUGCAACACAGGAACAUCAGACCACAAAAAAAUUCACUACUCUGCCAGAUCCUGUUGGGAAACCAGAAGCUGUGGAAAAGGCCCUCAGUGUUGCUACGGCAGUGAAAAGGAGCAGUAAUGAAACUGAGGAGUGUGAAAUUGACAAUACAGUGUGUGAGCCUUUUGAGCUCCAAAGCUCCAAUAAAACCUCACCCACACAGAGCAGCAGCCCAGUAAUACAAACAUCCAUAAAAGGCCCCGAUGUAGAAGAGAUCACAAAGGAAGAUAAAGCAGCUUUGGACAAAGAGAAAGCUACCAAUCAGGGCAAGGGACAACAUGAGAUAAAAGAGAGAGACACUGAAGCAAUGGUAAAACAGGGAGUCCUAAAUCCAGCUGGGAGUGUUCCGGAUCUCUGUGACAGUGGGAUGUCACAGACUACUGUUUGUGACUCUGAGGGCAGCACUUGUCUUUCUAAGGCAACAGAACAUAACAAUGAUCGAACAGAUAAAAUAACUUUUGAUGUUAUCACAGCUCCAUGUGUUCCUAAGUGCUCGGAAGAUUUAGCGUUGACCCCUCUUGCAGCCCCCACCCAGUCAGAGAAGCUACAUGAACAGGUGUUACUGUCAAAGCCCCUAGAAGAUAUUGUGGUAAACCUCAUUGCUGCUGCUUCCCAGUGUGAAGGGGAGCCACUUGAAACAACCCCUGCCUACACCUCUGCUAUUGAACAAGAGUCUGUGAAUACAGGGGCUUCAGAUGUGUCAGGGCAUCCUGCUCCUGCACUAACAGCCCAAGAACCAGAUACAACCUGGAUUAAAGCUUUAAAAGAAGCUGCAGCGCAUUCCCAGAGUGAACAAGUGAACACAGUGGAGACCUCAAGACCCCUCCCAUCUCUGGAGUCUCCCCAACUAGAGUGUCUUAAGCCGACUGACAAUACAGCUGCUCCUCUGAGACAGGAGGAGAUCCCAGUACUGCAGCAAGCAGCAGAACAGGCGGAUCUUCCUGAGCCUUUAAAGAAGUCAGCAGAGCUCCAAGAACCCACACAGCAGACAACAGAGCCUUCUGACCCAACACAAAGCACCAAAGCAGAGCUCUCCCUAGAAACAAAAAAUGUAGAGCUCUCAGAACCAACCAAGGAAGAACAAGAGCUUCCAGAAGAACAUCCAGAACCAAAAAGGGAGCCAAUAACUUCUUCAGAAAUAGUGGAGGAGCCAGCUGGGAUCCUAAAACCAACAAAAAGCACAGGGAAGCCCCAGGAGCUAACAACAUAUGAAGUAGAGGUCCCAGAACCAACGAAGAAUGAAGACCCCGAACCAACACAGACAACAACAGAGUCACAGGGAGCAGAGAAGAAGCUGAUCAGUGAGCUGCCAGGGGAGCUGGUGGAAAAACCUGUAGGGAUCCCAGCUCCAGAAACAGUCCAGGGUCCUGCUGAGGAGCUAUGGGACAGCGGGCCCUCGCUCUCUGAUCAGGCAGAGAAAGGUGACUCUCCCCCACCUCCUACUUCUGAACAGCACUUCCUGCCUACCCUUCCUCCUCACCUUCAGGACAGCGCAAAGUUCCCCACUCCUCCUUCCACACCCCCGGAGAGGCACAUACUCGAAGGUCUACCAACCCCACCUGCAUCUCCCUGCUUUCCUCCUCCACCAGCCCCUGCCUCCACUCCUGCACCUUCUGCUUACCAGCUUGAGGACCACUGUCCUGCUUCUGCACCCUGCCACCCCCCUUUAAGGAGCUCAGACUCAGAUGGAGCAUUUGAGACCCCGGAAUCCACAACUCCAGUGAAGGCUGUUUCUCCCACAGAUAGCCAGAACCAGCAGCUUACGUCUGACGACAAAGUAACAGACACCUCAGUCAGUGAUCCUGCCUCUUACUAUUCAACCGAUCCACCGUGCCAUUCCCCAUCUUCUACUUUUGAUGAAAACAAGCCAAUUGCAGCCAGUGGCACAUACAACAUUGAACUUUUUGCUGCAGAUUCAACAAGUCACACUCUGACCCGUUCCCUCAGCCUCCAGGGAGGAGAACUAGAAAGUUCUGGUCUGUUGGAUGGAUCCACAACAGGAGGUUUCCGUCCACAUUCUGAAUCCUUCAGCAUAAGCACUGAGAGUGCCCCAGGGACUCUACGCAAGCCCAAGAAAGUCCGUCCUGGUUCUGUAAAGAAGAAGCCUCUUCUUAGACAGAACUCCAACCCAGAAAGUCCAAGGCCAUCCUCAUCCAGCAGCACCCCAGAGGUCACGAAGUGGGAAAAGCCUCAAACUUCCAGUCCAGCUCAGGCUCAGGAGGAAGCAGAGAGAGGAUCUGCAACCCCAAGCCCUGGAGGAACCCUUCGAAGGACCAGGAAGAGCCGAGCAGAGACUCCACCUCCUCUCCUAGAGGAGACCAAUCAUAGCAGCCAAGAGGAGAGCCCUCCCACCUCUUCCUUACCUUUGUGCCAGGAGGAGACCCCUCUUCCUGAUAAACCAGUAGGCAACGACGAAUCUCCCAUCCUCCCCAGUGGCUCCUACAAAUGGGAUCCAGAUAAUUUUGAGAAUAUUGAUCCUUUCAAGACUGGAGGCAGUAAAAUUGCUAACUCGCCUGUUUUGGGUCGCAAAGAUCCUGUGUUUGCCCCCAUUACCACCCCACCAGACAGCCCCCCUGUUCCGGCUGUGCAAUCGUGGCCCCCGGCUCCUCUUGAGGAGCCAGUCACUAACUCUGAAGAGCAACCCAUCCUCCUCAAGCGUCAGUCAGUAAGGCUGGAGUUUGACUAUUCUGAGGAAAGCAGUGAGGCAUCGCACCAGGCAUCUCCCCCACUCAAGAAAGUGGGCAAGAAGUCUGGUGCCAAGAUGCCUCUGAGGAAACCAAAGCUGGGGCUGAAGAAGGUCACCCCAGCACAGAUGGAGCAGCUGGACAACGAUCCUCCAGUAACCCACAAUGUCAAUGAGGAUGAAAUCCCGGUUCCUAAGGCCUCUUACAAGUUUGAACCUGACAAGUGGGAAGAUCCAAAUUUCAAUCCAUUUACUUCAAAGAAAGGCAUUGCUAACUCCCCUGGACUAUCGAGGCCAUCUUAUAACUUUGAUGCCGGUAACUUGGACGACACCAUAGACCCUUUCAAAUCCUCCAGUAAGAUUGCUACUUCCCCUCCCAAGACCUCUGCCUGCUUUGAACUAUUAUCCAAAGACAAUGACAAUGAAAACGACAACAUCGAGGAACUGGAGGACCAAAACCAGAACAAACCUGCCAAGAAGAAAAAAACUCCUAUCAAAUCGAAGUCCAGGGGUGUGUCCUCUCUGUGUUGUCUGUUUAAUACUUUCAGAGUGAAGAGGUCACCAAAGAAAUCCCCGUUAUCUGAACUAUCCCAGGAUCCUGCACCUUCAGACGAACCUCCCUCCCUCCACCAACAGGAUGACCAUGCCACAGAUGAGGAGAAGCUGGCCUCCUCCACCAGUCAUAAGUGGGCAGCCCUGCAUGACAUAGAUGCUGAUGUGAACUCUGACCAGCAAAACUUCCCUCAUCCAUGUGACCUUACAUCCCUUGUUAACGAGAACAACCUUCCUAAUCAGACACAAGGGCAAGACUAUGAAAUUGAGUACAUGGAGAAGAUUGGCUCUUCUUCGCCUUGUGACUUACAGUCACUGUCUGUGAAGAAGCCAUCACUGUACCUGAAGUUGGAUUCAGUGUCUGAUACCUUAACCAAGAAAACCUGUGCACAUGGAUCUGAACCCAGCUCCCCCUGCACAGGGAGUUUUGAGGAGAUGGAGGCCCAGAUAACAGCAGGUAUGAAGACACCGGUGCUAAGUUCUCGGCUUGGUCCCGAGGGCUCUGCUGGGGACAAGGGCAAGAAGAGAGAAAGCGAGUCACUUAGCCGAACAGAGAGCACAGAGAGGGAUGAGCAGCCCCCUAGCCAGGGCCCAAUGGAGGUUCCUGCUCCUGGUCUGGCCAUGCCCCUGUUAGACAGGCUGUCUGAGUGUGAUGACCCCCUGCAGUACCUGGAGCCUGACCUGGCUGAGACCAACCCCACUGCAUUCGCCCAAAAACUACAGGAGGAGCUGGUGCUUGCUGCCCUGAGGAUAGAAGCUCUGCAGGUAGCCAAAAACAUCUCUCAAUGCCCCUCCCUCUUCAAUGUAUCCCCCCAGCACAGAGAUGUGUCAUCUCCAGUAGAGAGUGCUGUGUCCAAGAACACGUUGUAUCCAAGGGCGGUCGCCUCCAACUACAUCGAAGACGAGAGUCCCCACCUGCCCAGAGAUCUGGACCAUUCGCUGGAAAUUGCAAGAGAGGAGAUUGUGACAAAGGAGAAAGAAGUGCUGGAGUGGCAGAGGAAGUAUGAAGACAGUCGCCAGGAAGUAGUGGAAAUGAGGAGAAUCGUUGCUGAGUAUGAGAAGACAAUUGCACAGAUGAUAGGCAUGCCAGAGGAUGACCAGAAAGAGAAGUCUCUCUCUCACCACACCAUUCAGCAGCUGAUCAUGGAAAAGGACCAGGCCUUGGCUGACCUCAACUCUGUGGAAAAGUCCCUGGCUGACCUCUUCCGACGCUACGAGAAGAUGAAAGAUGUGCUGGAGGGCUUCCGCAAGAAUGAAGAGGUUCUGAAGAGGUGUGCUCAGGAGUAUCUGUCCAGAGUCCGUAAAGAGGAACAGCGCUAUCAAGCCCUGAAAAUUCAUGCAGAGGAGAAACUAGACAAGGCCAAUUCCGAAAUAGCUCAGGUGCGAGUCAAGGCCAAGCAGGAGCAGGCCGCCUACCAGGCCAGUCUGAGGAAGGAGCAGAUGAAGGUAGACUCUCUGGAGCGCACUUUGGAGCAAAAGAACAAAGAGAUUGAGGAAUUGACAAAGAUCUGUGACGAGCUGAUUGCCAAGAUGGGGAAGAGUUAGCAGCCACCUCGACAACCAGACCAACUCACACAGAGGAGAGGAGCAGUUGUGGAAAAACUACUUGGAAAAUGAAGUGUAUCAGUAAUUUGUUCUUUCAAGGGUUUUUAUUUCCUAUUGAUUUUCUGUACACAGAAUUUACAGUAAUUGCUUUCUCUCUGUGCUUUUUUUGAUGUGUCAGUGUAUCGUACUGUAUCAGGGGUCUGGUUUAAAUUUUUAGAAACUGUACCAUAUCACUAAUGAGUGUGCUUGUAUGUGUGUGUGUGUGUGUGUGUAUUAAUGAAAAAGUGAGAGCAUGGUUUGUGGGUUAAAUUAUCUAUAAUGAUGUUGCCAUGACAGCCACUGAGGGAGGAGACUGUUUACCCACUUCUGUUGUUGUCUACAAGAGAAAGAGAGUGCCAGAGAUUCAUUGAUAAAAUGUUGAGAACAAAAGCUAUCACAAUAUCUUACUGCAUGUGAGAUAGACAGACAUUUUUGUAUAUACUGUAGGGAAUUCCAAAUAUCUGCAUUUUGUUGGUAGUUAUUCUGUCAUCCCAUCCCACUUUUCUCCUGUAAUCUUGUAGAUAUUUGUCAUACUGGUCAUAGCUUUCUUGAUGAAAUUGUGGGACUUUAUUUUUUGGAUUUUAUUUUGAUAUAAAGCAAACUAAUCAUGGCUGUAUUCACUAGUGACCAAGAGUAAUUUAAUUUUGGAUUGAUAUGUCCUAGUCCUGCUAUGGUUGAUGUGUCCCACUGAGGAGAACCUUCUCUGCAUAGCUACUGUACAGCAUCUGCUUAAAACGUGCAAUAAAAGAUGGCAAUACUGCA